AUGGGGAGCAUCAAUUCCUCUUUGAUAUAUCCUGAAAGGCAAGGGGUUCCGGCCUCAAGCGGUUACCGAAGCACUUCUGCGUGCCUGGAACACGAAAGGAAAAGUCGAGGCAUUCCCCGUCAAGGAAAGAACCUUCACAUUCCACUUCAACAUGAGUUGGAUAUUGUAAACGUCCUCACGGAGGGACCAUGGGCGGUGGCUGGUGACCUUAUAGUUUUGGAACAAUGGAAUAACGAGGAGAAGUGGAACUUCGACAGGGUGGCGUUCUGGAUUCAGAUCCAUGGAGUCCCGCUGGAGCUACAAGACCUGAAGCUAGAACUGCAACUGGGUUCCAAGAUUGGCCACUCAUCCAAGGCAAUGAUUAUCGAUGGUAACCAGUUUGGUGAAAGAAUCCGAUUCCUUCGUGUCCGAACGAGUGUCAACAUCUUGAAACCUCUAAAAGACCACCUUACUCUGCAAAGGAAAAAUGGUUCGCAGUUCAAAAUCCAAGUCAAAUAUGAGCGUAUGCCAUUGUACUGCUACUACUGCGGUACCAUUGGACACGAGGAGAAUAGGUGUAUCUUAUGGUUCUCGGAAGAGCAAAACCACUGUCAGGUUCAUGGUUGCUUAGCGGGCUCAAGAUGUAAGCAACUCCCACGAGGCAGAGCUGGAACUGACAUUAGAGGAAUCACUCCUCCACCUCGAGUGAUAGAACAGGCUGCGUGA